AUGCCUCUAGCUCUUCGUUGCCGGCCUCGUGUUGACACCCACUACGGCAGAAAACUGGCGCAAGAAUUCAGCCGAAACUGCCUAAAGGCCCGGAUCUUGGACAACAAGCAGAGGAUCAACGACUGUCGGCACCGUGUCGCUGCAGCUGAGAAAUUCCUGCAGAGGAUUCUUCAACCCGAAGACAUGCACCACGUUUUUGGCGCGCGUAAGCAAGCCGAAGAUUUGGAGAAAAUCAAGCUCACGAACAUCCACGACAAGAAAUUAUCACAACUUAUACCCAAGCCCUCUACCAGACCAACUUCAACUUCCGUCUAUAAUCUGUCAUCUAAACAUCUCUCGGACGGUCAUGCACGUCAGUCCGAAGACGCCGAUAAAGAGAAAGCGUCUGCGCGGCCAAGCAACGAGAGUUCCCGUGCAGUCCAAGUCGACGCUACGAAAAAAGAUAAAGUUCCAUUCCGUCGGCGCUCGGACGCCAAAGCAGCUCGUGCAAGCGGAGCCCAAGCCAGAGCAGGGCAUCCCCGUGAGUCAUCGGCCUGUUCGUUUUGCGGUCGCGCGCCUCACGCGCGUUCAGACUGCCCAGCACGGGACUCGCUCUGCAACUACUGCAGAAAGAAGGGACACUUCGCCGAAGUGUGCCGUGCAAAGAAAGUCAAGCAAGGCAAGCUCGGCUCUGUCCAGCUGCACGCUGUGGGAACAUCCGCUAAAGCUAGGUACGUGGACGUCACCGUGAAUAACUACACCGCGGAAUUCAAGGUGGACUCUGGAGCGGAAGUGUCUGCCGUACCGAGUGACUUUCCCAACGUGCCGGCCAAGCUUGACAAGGUGGAAAGCCUGCUGACAGGACCCGGAGGUCAACCGCUGCGUGUUUUGGGGUCGUAUCUGGCACGACUGCAGUGGCAAGGGAGGACAAGCUCUCAGCGGCUCUAUGUGAUCGACUCCCUUUCCGUACCUCUUCUGGGUCUUCCGGCGAUUGAGGCUCUCAAGGUUGUACAAUUCCUAGGUGCUGUGGAUGCUCCCGAGACAACACUACAUGCCGAAUUGUUUCGCGGACUGGGCACACUCAAGGAUGAGUACACCAUUCGCCUGAAGCCAGACGCCGUGCCAUUUUCACUCAGCGCACCUCGUCGGAUUCCCAUCCCGCUGCGAGAGGUCGUCAGGCACGAGUUAGACAAGUUGGAGAGCGACGGAGUGAUUCGUCGCGUCGACAAACCAACCCCAUGGUGCUCCGGACUCGUCGUCGUCCCGAAGCCUACCGGAGCGUAUCGACUCUGCGUUGACCUGACACGGCUCAACGAAGUGGUACUCAGAGAGCGCCACAUCCUGCCGACAGUCGAGCAGGUCCUUGGUCUCCUGGGCGACGCGGCCAUCUUCUCGAAGUUGGACGCCACAGCAAGCUUCCAUCAGGUCAGGCUGGCAGCCGGCUCGCAGGAGCUCACGACCUUCAUCACUCCUCAGCUACCGAGACACCCCGGGAGUGAGCGGUUUCAGCCCAGCCCAGCUUUUGAUGGGGAGGCAGCUGAAGACCCGAGUUCCUAAGCGCGACGAGCAGCUCCGUCCAAACUGGCCAGUGAAAGACAAGGUAGCCAGCAAUGAUUUAGUCUACAAAAGACAACAGGCUGCAGACUACAACCGGCGUCACGCGGCCAGGGACCUGCCGUCACUUCGAACCGGAGAGCAAGUCUGGGUGAGACCUGAUCAAGUGCGCGCUACAGUGUUGAGUCCUGCUCAACGACCACGAAGUUAUAUCGUGGAAACAGAACGGGGUGGUGUUCUUCAGCGAAACCGCCGCCAUCUCGCGCCUUUCGGUGGAGAGGCACAACUACAAGAUCAGCCCGA